CGGACAUUGGCAACACAGACAUGCACACACUCAUACGCUGCGGCUCGUGCUACGAGGCGGCAAUGAAGGCAUCACACAUUGAUGGACUGUGACGAAAUAGGGCACAUGCUGGCAAGUAUUGAGGGCAACAACCAGAACAAGUGUGACACAGACAGUAGUAGAAGCAGCUUGUGUAGUGGUGUGAGCUCCAGCAAGCAGCCGCAACCACACUGAGAGGAUCCCCUUUGCAAACAGGCACCCUUUCCUGCAUCGUUACCCAAGGACACUGGCUUGGAGAUGGGCUGCUCCUCUGGCCGCCAGCCCCCUGGCCCGGUCCUUCACCCAGACUUGGACUGCAGCCACGGCAGCGAGGCCAACACCUUACCCCAGGACUCGGAAAACCAGAAUUUAAACAGUUCCGGAAGUGUGGAGGGACGAGAAGUCAAACCUCCGGAGUCUCUCCCCACACUGGAGCGACUGGCUCAAGCUACAGGCGGCACAGAAAAGUCCUGGUACCGCUGCGUGUUCCCUUUCGGGGUGAUCUCGCUGGUCAUCGGGAUGGCGGGCACGGGGGUGACGUUCAACUUCAACACUCUGCUCCAGACCAAAGUGGUGUCGGUGGCGUUGCUUUGCGUUGGUGUCGUGAUGCUGCUCGUGGCCGCUGUUUGUUGGCGGGCCCACAGAUUAAGGAGAAGGAAAAAGAAGGAGGGGGGGUUCUUCACCACUGAUCUGGGUACUUUGUGAUGGACGGUGUCAGGCAUACCCCAGACGGAAGGAACACUUUGAGCCAGACUGUCAAUUACAAGGACAGAUGAAUGACAAGACAUUUGGACAAAGGUGUGUUAUUAUAAGUUUGGUGUAAUACUGUGACAGUACUGCAUCAACACAACUAGACAAACAGUUGAGCAGAGGGACCACUGAAAUAGAAUGUGUCAUACUUCAAAGUCCUGAUACUGACGACAACACCAACAUGUCAGAAAAUUCAUUGAUCCAAUGAAGUACACCCAAGAGUGGCCUCCUCAUGUUAGGGAACUGUAGUAGAGAUACGCAAGAGUUAUAAAUACAUCCAGAUCCUUAUCUUGAAACUUGAUACUCCAAUGUUUACCUAAAGGGCAACAUUUUUGUAGCAAGGUAAAUAUGAGGUCAUGACGGCCCGAUGUAAAAUUGAACAAGGGUUCUGGUAAAGCUUUUCUGUAUGACGACUGUUUAUAAGAAGUGGCAAAUACCACCAUUGCAUGACUGAUUGUUCUGUGACCUAUAGCCUUGUGUUGAAGCUUUGGAGAUGGUAAAUUUAAAUGAUGCAAUUUGUAUUUACAUUUGUAUAUUUGGCCUAUUGAAAACAGACUUCAGUAGAAAUCUAAUGGUUGUACUUUGUAGUGGCGGGCCCACCGGCACAAUUAUUUGAUCCCAAGAACAGUCAAAAUAUACUUUGAAAUGGUAAAUGAUGAAACUGAUAACACCUAGGACCAAUUGUACAGCUAAUGUGCACAAUACCAUGGGUACACACAACCAUGGUAACAAGCCAUUCACAAGGUAGCUUGAAUAGUUCCCGGCAUUCCUCAAAUUGUGGCAUCUAGUUUAUAAACUACAGGGGUUUACUAGUGGGAAGUGAUUUAUUUCAGCUUUAGUGAGUGGUAUAGUGACAAAAUUGAACCAUUAUUUGUGAAGGUAGCACCUCGAGCAAAACUAAAAUAGUGCUAGGGGAGUCCAUUUAUGUCACUUAAAGUACAAGCUACUAUAGGGUGUGAUGUACUGUAUGUUACCAAGUUCUAAAUGUUAAAUGUCAAGGAUACAAACAUUUGAACAUUGAACCUUUGGAAACUGUCCUGCUUGGUAGAAAGUGGGCUGUUCUUUUCUAAAUUGACUUUUCGUAUCUGACUGAAAAUCAGUAAAAAAAAAUAAUAAUAAUAUUAUAUUUUUUUUUAAACACACACAAUUUAAGGAAACAAAUUGUGCUUGUGAGGGCAACUUCUAAAAGCAUCAGACUCUCAAAGGGACAACACUUUCCCCUGCUGUCCCUGAGCUUUGUUGGGAAAACCACCAUCCAGCUAUGUGGGAUCAAUAGAAAUUGUAAUGCUGUGAAUGGCAAAGCCUUGGGGGAAAUGGACUUUAUUUUCUGUUACUGCAAAUGUAAUUGCUUUGCCUGCUGUAUGCCUUGUUGAUGGUUUCAUUGUAUGACAAGCAAAUCCGAUUCCAGACAUACCUCAGUGAAUACAAAGCAACAAAAAAAAACAGCACAACUGUUCUCUUGAUCCUCACUAAAUCAAACAGAGGCGACUCCCACUGACAUGAAAAGAAGGUGCGUGCAACGAGAGAACCCCAUUCAGCACUUCCCUUGCACUUUCCAUUCUCCCAUUAUCCAUGAAACGAUUCACACAUGCUUGUUUAGAUGACGUGAGAAAUGAAUACAGCUAAUGUGGACGAUAACUUAGCCAGUGAUAGCAUUUGUGAAAGUGCUAUAGUGCUGCCCUUUUUUGAGCACCUGACAGUAGAAUGUCUAAAGUCACGAAGACGUAAUAGUGGAGCCAACAUGUAGCAUAUAGGUCAGCCAGUGUAAAUCACAAUGUCAUGAUGAUGUAAUAACAGCUUUUAGCAGCAGGUGAUGUGGUUAGACCCAGCAGCAUCUACUUAGCUGUAGCAAUGUGAUGGGUAAUCGCUUCGAUUAAAUGUUAACUGGG